AUGGCCAUCCCAAUCGGUCAAGUCGCUGCAGCCCUGUUGGUGAUCCUCGUCGCGGCGUGGUUCUUCUCGUCCCAAUCCUCGGGCGCCGGCGCAAGCUCGUCCUCGAUCGACAAGGCCGGCCUCAGCAACGGCGGCGCGAGUCAUGCCGCUUCGGGUGACGAAGAGUCCUCAGGGCGUGAUUUCGUCGCGGCGAUGAAGAAGGCGGUGAGUCAUGCGGUUCGGCUCGCAUUCGCAUUCGCAUUCGUGGUCGUGGGGACAUGUCGUGCGCUGUCGAUGAAUUCCGGGAUUGGCGAACUGAGCGCUGCGAUGUGAUGGUCGUGGUCCGCGUGCGGGCCGUCGUUUUGCCGCCGCGUGAGCCGCGGGCCUUCCGGAAGGCUGUCAGGCCUCAUUCCUCGUCAUCCAAUCCUCUGAGAACAAAUGGAGUUCAUUGGCUCAAGUAGGACAUCUCUAGCGACACCCAAUACCAUGAUCUCCCGAUGAUGACAACACGACGCUGACGAGUCGUUUCCUCCUUCGCCGGCGCUUUUUCACACCUUUGCCCACUGCGGCCGUCGCUGCCCUUCCCGGUCUACAGAAGAAGAAGAUUGUCAUCUUUUAUGGAUCCCAAACCGGUACAGCGGAAGACUAUGCCACCCGUAUCGCCAAGGAGGCCAAGUCGCGCUACGGCCUGUCCUCGCUCGUCUGUGAUCCUGAAGAGUGAGUUACCCUUCCGGCGAUUCCGGCGAUCGAAGCGCUUUGAUCGCACACGACCGCGUCCAUAUCGGGACUGAUCGCGAGGUUUUUCAAUGGCAGAUACGAUUUCGAGACGUUGGACCAAGUCCCGGAGGAUGCGCUCGUCGUCUUCUGCGUCGCGACCUACGGCGAGGGUGAACCGACCGAUAACGCGGUCGGCCUCAUGGACUUCCUCAAGGCGGACACGAUCGAGCUCUCCAAGGGUGGGGACUCGCUCGAGAACCUCAACUAUGUCGUCUUUGCUCGUGAGUUAUUUGGCACCGUUUCGUCCGCCGGCGUUGGGAGUAACCCGAUGGCCGCAGCGGAAUCAGCGCUGGGGGCCAUCUCACAUGCGCAAUACCCAUGCUGAUGCUCUCACGUUCGCCUCACAGUUGGUAACAGCACCUAUGAACACUUUUGCGCCAUCGGUCGUCAAAUCGACGAGCGUCUUAGCAAGCUCGGCGCCAAGCGUGUCGGCGAGCUCGGAGAAGGUGACGACGACAAAAACAUGGAAGAGGACUACCUCAGCUGGAAGGACGGGAUGUGGGAAGCGGUGCAGAAGCAGCUCGGCUGGGAGGAGGGGGCCGGCGGUGAUGUCGCCGAUUUCGAGGUGACGGAAAAGUCCGACGUCGACGAGGCCAAGGUCUUCUUGGGCGAGUUGUCGCAGCGCGCCUUGACGGGCACCCGAGGCGUCUUUGAUGCCAAGAACCCUUACGCCGCACCGAUCCUCAAGGCCAAGGAGUUGUUCGAGGACGGCGACCGCAACUGCGUUCAUGCCGAGUUCGACAUCUCCGACUCGGGCGUGCGAUACCAGACCGGUGACCACGUUGGUGUUUGGCCCCUCAACCCCGAUGCCGAGGUCGAACGCUGGCUCCGCAUCUUGGGUCUCUCGGACAAGCGCGACCAGGUCAUCGACGUCAAGUCGCUCGACCCGGCUUUGGCUAAAGUCCCCUUCCCCGUUCCGACGACGUACGACACCGUCCUUCGUCACUACGUCGAUGUCUCCGGCCUCGCUUCUCGGCAGACCGUCGGCUCCUUCGCCAAGUACGCCCCAACUGAGGAUGCCCGGCGAUUGCUCGAGCAGCUCGGUUCGGACAAGGUCUUGUACCAGGCCAAGGUCGGUGCCCCUUGCUACAAGACGUCGCAGGUCUUGCUCCUUGCCGCUGGUGACUCGCUCACGGCCGACCCGGCCUCGGCGAACUACAAGCAAUGGUCCAUCCCUUUCGAUCGCGUCAUCUCCAGCAUCCCCCGUCUGCAGCCUCGUUACUACUCGAUCUCAUCGUCCCCAAAACUCUACCCCACUGCGAUCCACAUCACCGCUGUUGUGCUUAAGUACCAGGCCGUCAAAGGCGACCCUGCGUACUCGUACGGUGUCGGCACGAACUACAUUCUCAACCUCAAGGCCGCGCACACGGGUGGUGCCCGAACGUCUCGCGAGGAGGGUGCACCCGUCUACAAGAUCGAGGGUCCGCGUGGCAAGUACAAGAAGGGCUCGACGUUCUGCGCUCCGAUCCACGUACGCCGCUCCAACUUCCGCUUGCCGACGUCACCCAAGAUUCCCGUCGUCAUGGUCGGACCUGGUACGGGUGUCGCUCCCUUCCGAGCCUUCAUUCAAGAACGUGUUGCGCUCGCUCGGAAGGCCAAGGAGAAGGAUGGUGCCGACGCGCUCAAGGACUGGGGUACGAUCGACCUCUUUUAUGGGUGCCGUCGCUCGGAUUGGGAUUUCCUGUACAAGGACGAAUGGAAAGCGUACGAACAAGAACUGGACGGCAAGUUCCGUAUGCACGUCGCGCUUUCGCGCGAGCCGAAUCAACCCAAGGUUUACGUGCAGCAGUUGAUCAAGGAUUUGGGGGAUCAUAUUGGAGAUUCGCUCGUUGCUAAGAAGGGUUACGCUUACAUCUGGUCAGUCUUUGCUUGAGAUCAGUCCAAAGGGGUGCGUCAUGAACUGAUUGUGGGUUGUGCUCUCUUCUUUACAGCGGUGACGCCAAGCACAUGGCGCGCGAGGUCGAGUCCAUCUUCGAGGACAUCCUUGGGAAGGCCAAGGGAGGCAGCAAGGCCGAGGGAGUGAAGGAGCUCAAGUUGCUCAAGGACCGAAACCGUCUUUUGCUCGAUGUGAGUAUCUCAGUGAAAGUUUUGCGCCUUGUUCCGAGUCCGGGGAGGCUGAUCCGCUUUCUGCGUUCCAGGUUUGGUCAUGAACGUCACCUCUUUAUUUGGGAAAUGCCCUGUCGUACAUGACGUCCAAGGGCGAUGUCCAUCUCUUGCCUUUACACGCAUAGACAUACUUACGUCAUAUUCAAACAAUCUUUUCAUGGCCUGUAAGCCGAGGUGUAGUCGACCGAGAAUAAACCAAAAGCACAAAAGCAAAGCAAAGCAUUUUCAGCAUCAGUGCCGUCGGAGCGAGAUCUUCAAGGAUCCCGAGCGCCUUUCCCCCCGGGAUAAAAGUCUUCCUAUUCGGCGACGAGAGAGAUUGUGCACCCAGAUUACAAAACAUAUGACUUGCUGCAGUAAUACGUCCGUUUGUCUGGGAAAUCUUGAGCUGAUUUGGUUCAGACUGUUUCGGAGAAAGGUUCGGUCGCAGCUCGUCGGCUCGAUCGUCGUCGAUCUUGCUCUUCCCUUACCUCCUUCCGUUACGUCGUGCUGCAGCAUCGCAGCUCAGACCCAAGCUACGAUGCUUGCGGUACCAAAUCGGAUGCUACCACCAUCUGGGGCAGCGUUCUUGAUUGUAAAUGCUCUACUUCUCUCUGCAAGACGGCGGACGUUCAGCAGCCCAUCGUUUCGUCGAUCGACGUCAUCGGCCUCAUCAUCGUCCUCGUCUGCCUCCUCCUCAUCAUCAGCAGAGUGCAACACGACAUUCAGUACAUCCUCUAUCCCACCCUUGAUCGGCAGUGCACCCCAACUGCAACGCCACCUCGUAAUCCGCACCAACCACGCCGCUUCGACCUGGCCUUCGCACCUCGAAUCGACCUCGGCCUUGUACAAACAUUUGGGCCAGCGAUGGGCCAAGCAUCCUGAAUUGAGCAAGUUGGGCUUUGGGAUGAGUGAUGCGGGGUUGAGGAAUGAGAGAGCCGUUAGAGACAAAGGAGGGAACUGGGAUCCUUUGACUAAUCGAUUCGAACAACCGAAGGCUUCGGGAUCGGAGGAGUGAGUUUUGAUGAUCGCGGAGUGGAGGGGAUCACGAGCUGAAAGGAUUUGAACUUGUUGCACAGGGCCUAUUCGGCGACGCUGUACCCUGAUUUUAUACAAGUACCCGAUAUUUCCAUCUCGUCGAUCGAGACAUUCGAGAACCUAUUCCUUUCCCUAGAUCCCAUUCCGACGAACUCCGCCGUCUCGGAAACAACGGCCGCUCCACUCAGAACGGACAUCUACGUCUGCACGCAUGGGACUCGGGAUUGUCGGUGUGGGGAUAUUGGAGAACCCCUGUAUCAAAAAUUGGUCGAGCGGGCUCAGCGAAGAGAUUUGGGCCCGGAUCGAGUUGGGAUAAAUAGGAUCGCUCAUGGUGGGUCGACAAAACUUUGCUAUUUCUGUAUCUCAGCCGGGCACUGACUGAAGUGCAAUCGCCUGUGGUCCUUUACAGUCGGUGGACACAAGUGGGCUGGGAAUGCACUUGUGUAUCGACAAGGGGGUGAAUGCGAUUGGUGAGUCCAUGUGCCGGACCUCUCUACUGUUGCUUCGACGACUGAUGGCCCAUUCGAAUCCAAAACCCGAAAGGCUCGGAUUGCUGAGGGAUACGGACGCAGACGAGGUACUGGACUUUGCACUACGACCCAGUCCCAUCACACCUUGGUGGACCCGCUGGCGGGGCCGACUCGGAAUUAGUUCGGACGAAGCUAGAUCAAUGUACCAAGAUGCGACCGCGCCAGGUGCGACGGCCGAGGCGAGGAAGAAGAGGAAGGAGAGUGUGCGGGACGCGUUGGGCGAUCCGGUGCAGUUGAGUUUCUUGAGUUGGGAUAAGGUCGAUCGGUAUGAUGUGACAGCUUAUGAGGGAGAAUCGGUGAUGGUCAGUCCUUUCAAAAAGGUUUCUGAACUGAAUGGAUCGUGUGAUAGCAGAGAAUUGAUUGCACUGUCGUUCUGAUCGACACAGGAGGCAGCAAAACGCAACGACCUCCCGGCGAUCCUUGCGACCUGCGGUGGGUUCUGCGAAUGCGCAACAUGUCAUAUACAUGUCGAUGUCGAACCGGAGCAAGUUGGUUGGUCCGAGAUGAAGGACGAAGAGGACGAACAGCUCGAUUUUGCUAUGGACCGCAAGCCGGACUCAAGGUGAGGGGGUCCCAAUUUUGUGCACCAGUAGCUGCUCACUCAUUGACUUCUGCUUCAUUGGCGACCGUAUUCUCACAGGCUUGGCUGUCAAUUGCGCGUUACCAAAGCGUUGGGCGAGUGGGUACAAGGUGGGGGUAGGAUCACGCUGCCGCGAUAUUAA